GGCUGGGAACCAGCAAAAAAAGCACCUUAUUCCAUUGCCGCAUUGCUGAGUUUUCGAUCAUGGCCUUUGCUUUGAUUGAUGACGGAUGCGAUGGAUGCGGCGAUGAUCCGUUCCCAGCAUUUCCUGCCCGUGGGUGGUCUAUGAGGCGUGGCCAUCGCAAAGCCAUUGAGACCAGGAUCAUUCGAAAAUCUGAAAGUCUCGAAAGGAUUCGAUGGUCCAACGCUCCAAGCCUUGCAAAUGUUGGUCUGGGCCGAUCGGCUGUCAAGCGCAGUGUGAAUCGAUCCUCUAGACGUUUUGAGAAGGAAGAGAUGGGUAAAAGCCGAAAACUUCGUACGCGUCAACUGCAAGAUGCAGUGAUCCAUGCCUGCACGGAGCACCGCCAGACACAGCAAGAGCUUAGCAGUGUGCAGACAGCUGCUGACAGUGCUGUAGAGACAUACCUUUUUUUCGAGCAUCUUGCUCCGCUCACCGGGGCCAGAAAAGAAAGCUUGAAAGAGGUCGACGACUCUGAGGUGGCCUCCGUUUGCACCACGGCCACGGGAUCUGAAGGCUCCGACAUCAGCAUGCAUCUCCAGAUGCACUCCUGCAGGUCUCCCUGGGAGGCAGCUGUCUUGCAGGCAAAUCUGGUGGCCAUUUCUUAUAAAGUCGGCACCGGGAAUCUGACUGAACCUAAAAAGAAGCAGAAGAAGGUCGUGCUCAGUGCUGAGGAGAAGUACUUGGCCGGACUCAGUGAGGAAUAUUCCGUGCGUUUUGCCUACGAUCUGAAGGCAGAGCCCUCCUGCGGAUUUGAGAAGUUCCGCUCAGAGUUCUUCUACAAGAAUGCUUCUCACUUCUGUAGACAACUGCAGCCCCUCUACAACCCAACGUCUGCUCGUUGGAACUUGAGGCCAGCUCCUAUCAGCCAACAUGUGCAGAAGAAGUUCCUGGAGACUUUGGCAGCAAAAGGUCGAGAGAAGUUGAUGUUGGCCUUUCAUGGUACCAACGAAAAUGCCUUGAGAUCUAUCUACAGCAGUGGUUUGCUGGUCCCUGGAAAGGAGAGUGGUGUCAAGGUGGCCAAUGGCUCAGCAUUCGGUGUCGGUAUCUAUGCUGGCAAGGCAGACAAUGCCGCCAUCUCUUGGAGCUAUGCGCGAGGCGAGUCGAGGCCUUUAUUGGUUUGUGCUGCCUUGGACGGAACAGCGGAGGAGGUGCAUAACCAUGCAAACUUCCAUGUCUUCAAGACCGACCACAGUGUGGUGCCUCUGUUUGAGGCAACCCUUCCAGACAGUCAGAACAGGCUUCCACCAGCGACUUUGGUGACAAUGGCUCGGUAUGUGGUGAGAAAGCGGACCAUUGUGCCUGAUGCAAAGAAGCCAAAAGGCCCUGGACCAAAGACUAGAAUCCCAAACCCUUUGGCAAGUCCAGCUGUAGUUGUUUUCUUAUCUCGUAGGGCGGCUGGUAAAAGGCGGGGAACCAGCCGAUGCGGCUGAAAACUCUCGCAGAAUUGUACAGUGUGCAGAUACCGUGCUGCUCGAUUUAUUUUUGCAAGCCAAACCUGUUGCAUGUCCCAGACCCGAGUUGCAGAUGUGCAGUGUACAGCUUUUGCAACCAACGAUCCAAUGGAUCAACCAAAAGGAUGCAUGCAAAAAGGCAGGCUGCUAGGUGACAC